AUGGAGUUCGCGACGUUCUUCUUCCUUUCGGUAGUGCUGGCCGCCGGGGUAUUCGCCGAUCCUGAACCAGAGCCAGACCCCAAGUAUGGUUACGGUGGCGGCGGCGAAUACGAUAGAGGAGGCUACAGGAAGACAGGAUAUCAUCGUAAAAAAGUUGGAUAUGGUUUUAUACAAGCAAAAUCUUGCGGCAAAUUAUCUCCACCAAUGAACUCAGUAAUGAAAUGUUCUGAAGGAUUCUGUGUUGCUACCUGUUAUGAACACUUUGUAUUUCCAAGUGGAGAAACAAGUUUGAAUUUCGCAUGUCAAGGAGGUUUAUGGCAUUUUGGAGGCGUUGUUGGGGGCACUAUUCCCCACUGCAAUCCAUCGUGUAUUCCACAAUGUCAAAAUGGUGGUUCUUGUAUAUCACCAAACACUUGUACUUGCCCAGAAACCUACUAUGGGCCUUAUUGUCAGUAUGAGAAGAAGCCUUGCUUUGAUUUUCCGUUGACACCAAUGAAUGCUCACAAAGUGUGUGCUGCAGAUUCAUGCACUAUGGUUUGUGUUGAUGGGCAUACUUUUCAAGAUGGAUCUUCGGUAGCUACAGUAGUUUGUAAAGAAGGAGAGUGGGUUCCUGCCAGGAAGGAAUGGCUGUUUGUCCCUGAUUGUUUACCUACUUGUUCACCAACCUGUCAGAAUGGAGGAAUUUGCAUUGGUCACAAUUUCUGCGAAUGUCCACAGGAUUUCCGUGGCCCCCGUUGUGAAUUUCCUAAGGAAGCCUGUGACCCAAGGAAGCUGGGAUUCAACGGAAGUUAUAAAUGUUCUGGUGAUGACUUACAAUUGAAAUGCUACCUAUCUUGCCCUGUUGGAAUGAAGUUUAGUAAUCCACCUGCAUCAGUCUAUAGCUGUUUAUAUGAGACUGGUAUUUUCUCUCCAUCCACAGUUCCCAGCUGUGUUUUUGGAAAUGAUCAAGAAGAAAUAUUGACCUACAUUUUUAAUGGUGAAGAUGAAUUGCCAGAAAAAUAUCAAACCGUUCAUGAAUCAAAUAAAACAUCGACUUACAUUUCAAAGCCUGCUACAACAAGUUUUGGAGCUGAAGCAAUUGUUAUAGAAAAGAAGAAACCUAAGCCUGGAACAUGUUUAACAUGGAGAAAAGAACAUUUCAAAACAUUUGAUGGAAAAAUAAUUAGUUUUAAGAGCGAUUGUGUCUACACAUUGGCAACAGAUGUGGAUAACAGCUUUCAUGUUCAAACACCAAUCCUUCAAACCAACUGUAGUGUCUCUGGUGGACCAUGCGCAGCUUUGACUGUUUAUGUAAAUGACAAAAAAUAUCAACUUAGCACCAACAGUGACAAGAAGGCUGUUGUAAAAGAGGGGACUGAAACAAUGGCCGUACCAGCACAGUUGGCUGGAAUGAAAGUGGAACUUGGAGCAGGGAUGGUUAAGGCAACAUUGCAGGCUGUCGGGGUUACAGUUCUUUGGAACUUUAAGGAUGUUGUUGAGAUUAAAGUUGCUGAAUCAAAUUGGAAUAAGACUAAAGGUCUUUGCGGGACAUUAGAUGGGUACACUAAUAAUGACGUGACUACUAAUAUUGAAGAUUAUGCCAGUGAUGCCAGGAUCUUAACAACUGGAGAUAUUUGCCAAGAGAAAAUUAUGGAUUCUCAUCCUUGCUCAACAUCACGAUUGAAAGAAGAUGCUCAACAAUUCUGUUCUGCUCUCCUAAAUAAUGACAAACUUAGUGAUUGUAGCAAGGCUAUUUCUGUGAAAGAGUACUUUGAAGCUUGCUUGUGGGAUUAUUGUUCUUGUAAUGCUAGCAACAAAGACUCUUGUGGCUGCCAAUCUGUUGAAAUCUUUGUCCGUGACUGUGUCAGUGCUGGUGUAUCCUUUCCCUCUUGGAGAGAUGACAAUUUGUGCCCUAUGAAAUGCAAUGGUGGGCGUGUGUACAGCCAAUGUGGAGGUGAGACUCCCUGUGGUGGUGCAGAGCGGGAGAGUCUUUGUGAGGAAGGGUGCUUUUGCCCCCCUGGGACUUACGUACAUAAUGACACCUGUGUUUCUCUUGAUUCCUGUCCGUGCCAACUUAGGGGUAGGGAGUUUCGUCCUGGCACUUCAGUUCCCAAGGAGUGUAAUACAUGUACUUGUGUGAAAGGCCAAUGGAGCUGUACAGAAAGAGAAUGUGGUGCACAAUGUGAAGCCGUAGGCGAUCCACACUAUAAGACCUUCGACAAAAAGACUUACGAUUUUAUGGGAAAAUGCUCAUAUUAUUUAUUGAAAAUGGACAAUUAUUCAAUAGAAGCUGAAAAUGUGCCUUGUGAUGGUGCCAUAUCUGAAGAUCUUGGAUUUCUGCCUUAUACUGCAUCAUCUGGUAUGCCUUCUUGUACAAAAUCUGUCCUAUUGAGGCUUGGAGAUAAUGUAAUUAAAAUGAAACAAGGACGUGAAGUCACUGUAAAUGGUGAAGAUGUCAAGCUCCCUAUAACGGUUAACGGAACCUACAUUAGCCAAGCUUCUUCUAUAUUCAUUUUAGCUGACCUCCCAGAUGGCGUUGAGGUUUGGUGGGAUGGUGCUGCUCGUUUAUACAUAAACGCUCCUCCUUCACUGAAAGGAAAAACUAAGGGAUUGUGUGGUACAUUUAAUAACAAUCAAAAGGACGAUUUUCUUACACCUGAAGGAGAUGUGGAACAGGACCCUAUAUCAUUCGCCAACAAGUGGAAAACAAAAGAUAGCUGUGACAAUGAAGUUGAAGAAGAGAAUAGGAAUCCAUGUGAUGUGAAUGUUCAAAACAAGGCUGAAGCAGAGAAGUUGUGUAGCCACAUAACCAGCAAUAUGUUUUUAGAUUGCCAUUUCUAUGUUGACCCAAUUACUUACUAUCAGAACUGCUUGUACGACAUGUGCUCAUGUAGCAAAAAGAAGACAGAAUGUUUCUGCCCAAUAAUAUCAGCUUUUGUAAAAGAAUGUGCAUCUCAUGGCAUUCCGGUUGAGUGGAGAUCCAAAAUCAGGGAGUGUGGACUUCAAUGCCCUCGAGGGCAGGUUUACGAGACGUGUGGCAAAGCUUGCUCACGUUCUUGCACUGAUUUAUCACGAGAGAAAAAGUGCAGUGACCUUUGUUUAGAAGGCUGCAAUUGCCCAUCAGGAUUUGUUCUCGAUAGCAGAGGAGUUUGUAUUCCGAUUGCCCAAUGUCCAUGCAUCUUCAAUGGACUGCAAUACCCCCCAGGGCAUGCAGAGAUCCGUCCAGCAUCAAAAGGAUUAAAUCUAUGUAAAUGCGCCAACGCUAUUUGGGAAUGCCAUAUUGCCAAUUCUGAAGAAUUGAAGAAAUAUCCUAAUAAUUCCUUUGAAGAUAUAAAAUGUAGCUCAACAAAGAACCAAGUUUAUUCUCAUUGUGAACCAGAGCCUGUCACCUGUCAAAAUAUGCAUGCCCUUCGAACAACAUCUAGCAGUGAAGGUGUUACCCCUGCCAUAUGUUACGGUGGGUGCGUCUGUAAAAAGGGCUAUGUUCUUGAUUCUAUUACCAAAGAGUGCGUUCGUCCUGAAGAAUGUCCUUGUCACCAUGGCGGUAAGAGUUACAAAGAUGGAGAUCAGAUCCAACAGCUCUGCAAUACAUGUGUCUGCAACAUGGGUAAAUGGGAGUGCACUGACCACCACUGCUCAAGUACAUGUACAACAUGGGGUGAUUCUCACUUCAAAACUUUUGAUGGAAAAUUAUAUGACUUCCAAGGCACCUGUGAUUACGUUCUGGCCAAAGGUUCCUUAUCAAAGACAGAUUGGUUCACUGUCACUUUAGAGAUGACCAGUUGUGGUUCUUCAGGUAUAAGUUGCACAAGGUCUGUUAAAUUAACCAUUGCAACUGAUGGUUCAAAAGAGAGUGUAUCCUUCGAAGAUGGUAAAGCUCAUCUUUUUGAAUCAUCUGAGAGGAUAAAACUUAGAGAGGCAGGACUAUUUCUUUUUGCCGAAGUCUUCGAAAUGGGCUUAGUCGUCCAGUGGGAUAAAGCUACUAGAGUAACAGUUAGAGCAGAUCCUAAGUGGAAAGGGAAGAUGAAAGGUCUAUGCGGAAAUUACAAUGAUGACAGCGAUGACGAUUUCCAAACUCCCUCAGGUGGUGUUAGUGAAGUUUCUUCUCAGUUGUUUGGUGAUUCUUGGAAGCUUCACGAUUACUGCCCACAAUCUCAGCCAAUCAAGGAUACAUGUGCCAUACGUCCAAACAGGAAAGCUUGGGCUGUUCAAAAAUGCUCUAUUCUAAAAUCAAAUCUGUUUGCACCAUGCCAUUCUGAAGUAGCGCCUGAUUUUUAUUUGAAUAAGUGCAUUUUUGAUACAUGUGGUUGUGAUGAAGGAGGAGAUUGUGAAUGCUUGUGCACUACAAUUGCAGCUUAUGCCCAGGAAUGUAAUGCUCAUGGAGUAUCUAUAAAAUGGAGAACACAACAAUUGUGCCCUAUGCAAUGUGACGAAACAUGUUCAACAUACAGUCCUUGUGUUCCUACUUGUCCUUCAGAGACCUGCGACAACUUCCUCAAUUUAAAAAAUAUAACAGAGAUGUGCAAACAGGACACAUGUGUUGAAGGUUGCCAGUUUAAGAAGUGCAAAGAGGGAGAAAUUUAUUUCAAUUCAACCAAACUAGAAUGCGUCCCAUCUGCCUUGUGCAAACCUGUUUGUAUGACUGUCGACGGGCAUGAUUAUUACGAAGGAGAUUUAAUGGAAGGAGAUGAUUGUUAUAGCUGUUAUUGUUCUCGAAACAACAAAACAUGCACUGGCCUUCCUUGCACAACUCCAUCAACUCUACCCACAACUGUACCAUUCUCUACUUCAACUACUACUGUGAUAUCCAACGAUAAAUUUGUCUGUAUCUCUGGUUGGACCGGUUGGAUCAACAGCUCACCUCUUGAUAUAGAAAAAUAUAAUGAAAUCGAUAGUGAGCCAUUACCUGUGUUUUCAUCAAAUCAGGGCCAAGGUGGAAAAGGCCCACAGUGUCAACGGGAGAAUAUUGCUGCUAUAAAGUGUAGAACUAUUGGCACUCACAAAUCUCCCAAAGAAACUAUGGAAGAUGUUGAAUGCACUUUAGAGAAAGGACUUUUCUGUAAAAAUGGCUGUAGUGAUUACGAAAUACAAGUUCUUUGUCAAUGUGAAAACACUACAUCUCCAACUACUGUAUCUACUACUGUUACACCUCCUUCAACUGUACCUCUGUUGUCGACAACUAUAUCUACACCUGGAAAUACUCCUGAAAUAAUUUUGCCAUCUACAUUUGUUCCAACACACCUCACAUCUACUACACAAGAACCGAUUAUCACCUCUACUUUAUCUGAAACAGAAACAACUCAGACUAAACGAAUAAAGGAUGUAACUACUCCUGAAAUCUUUACAAAACCUACUCCAGAAGAGUCCAAGACUGAAGCUACUGUUGGAGUUAUCAAAACGACACUGCCCCCGGUAGAGAAUUCAACCACUACUACUUCAAGUACACCCACUACUACUUCAGCGUGCCCAGAAAAUCAAGUUUGGGAUGAAUGCAGCAUAAAGUGUGAUCAACUCUGUUUAUAUUAUGAAACCGUUUUGUAUCAAAAUGGAGUUUGUUCGUUCGGUCAGAAAUGUAGUCCAGGAUGCCGAGACAAGAAUAGACCUGAUUGCGAAGAGGGAUAUAGAUGGAGAGAUAAAGACACUUGUGUCAAGGAAGAAAAUUGUAUUUGUCGUUCAUUUACUGGUGAAAUUGUUAAGCCAGGAAAGGUUGUGAAAGAAUCAGACUGUAAAAGUUGCCAAUGCUUGAAUAAUCACUAUAGUUGUGACGAUUCUGCUUGUGAGACAACCGCUACUCCGACAACAUCUGAGAAGCUGACUUCUUCUCCAAUUACAGAGUCGACUAUCAUUAUAGUUUCUGUUGUAACACCUCCUGUUGAAGCCUGCAAAGAUAAUAGGUGGUUACCCCUUCUGAAUGAUAUGCCUAGCACCGCUUUUAAAUCCAGUUCAGUCAAUCCUGAUCCAAAAUAUUCUCCAGACCAUGUGAAAAUGAGUUCUUUAGAUGGUAGCUGGAAACCUGGACAGUAUGACUUUAACCAGCACCUAGAGAUAGACCUUGGAAGACCAGAUGUAAUUUAUGGUCUCACCGUAAAAGGAGAUAUAUUCCUUAAUGAAUAUGUCACAAAUUAUCAUGUAUUAUACAGCCUUGAUGGAGUCGCCUUCAGUUAUAUCAUGUAUAAUGAUCUUCCUCAGGUUUUUAAGGGACCAUCUUAUCAUUUGGAUUCACAGUUCCAAAUGUUCAUACAUCCUAUAGAGGCAAGAUACGUUAGAAUAAAUCCUGUAAAUUGGAUUGGCGCACCAGCAAUGAAAAUAGAACUGUAUGGAUGCCAGCCUUCUGCAACAUCCAUUCCAACUGAGGAUACUCCUUCAACAACCGUACCUUCGAUAGAGACAACUGUUACCACUGAAACCCCGGAAAUUACAAGCACCAAUUCUCCAGUUUGUACUGAUAAAAUGUCAAACUACAUGAACGAUGGACAGAUAAAAGUUUCCUCAUCCAAGGUGCCUGUAACAGCAAACCUCAUAUCUGUCUACAAUGGUGAAGGUUGGGCUCCUCUCGUCAGCAAUCCAGAUCAAUGGCUCCAGUUUGAUUUCCUCGGAGAGCGUACGCUAACCGGCGUAAUGACAUCUGGUGGUGGUUUUGAACUGAGUAAAGUACUCCCAUCUUGGGUCAUGUCUUACUACAUUCUCUACAGCCCUGAUGAAAACAAUUGGUCUCCUGUCCUCGGUACAGAUGGUACUAAAAAGUUAUUCUAUGGAAACAAAGAUAAUACAAAUAUAAAAACAAAUAUAUUUCUGAUGCCAAUAAGAGCAAGAUACAUUAGAAUAGUCCCUUUUGAAUGGCAUAAUUCAAUUGCACUUAGAGCGCAGAUGCUGGGUUGUUAUGAACCAUAUCCAAUAUUGACAACAACAACUCUGCCACCUACAACAGUGAGAGAGGACUGUAAUGUUUGUCCUGGUGUGACCCUUUCAUCUAAAAUAUGUCCUUGCCAGAUAUCGUUGUGGUGGGACGGAGAGCAGUGUGGUAGGCGAGCACAAUGUCCUUGUGUUGUUGGAUUUAUGACAUAUGCUGUUGGUACAACAUAUGAUAAUGAACAAUGUGAGCAGUGUACUUGUACGCUCAAUGGGAUCUCACAGUGUAAAGAAAAAGAAUGUCCACCAUGCCUUGAGGGUUUGAAGAAAACUUUAACAUCUUCCUGUGAUUGCACUUGUAAGCCAUGCCCGGAGAAGACCAAACUUUGUCCAAGUUCGAACAUUUGUAUCAAUGAAACAUUUUGGUGCGAUGGAAUCUCAGAUUGCAUUGAUGAUGAGCUCAAUUGUGCGAAACCUUCACCCAGCCCUAGAACUCUCAUUACAGAACCUCCUACCACUGAAGUGAGCACAACAGUGAAACCAUGUCCUCCUCCUCCAAUAUGUGGUCCUGGAUCGAAAUUGGAGAAAGUUGUUGAGCCUGAAAAGGUAGCACCUUUCUGGUCACCUUUCGGGAAAAAAUCCAAAUGGGGUUCCUAUUUCAAAGGGAACACUAGAUCUAGAAAAGGGUACGGCUAUAAAGGGUUAGGCCACAAACGCAAACAGCACAAAGGUAUCAAAACAAACCAUCAAGAAUUGAGCAAAGUGGUAGAGACACCUGUUUGUGAUCAGUACAUUUGUACCUGUUUAAAGAAACCUACAGAAUGCCCUCCUGGUUCGAAAUUGAUUGUUAUUAAAGCCGAAAAGGAAGGAGAAUGCGAUCAGUUUGAUUGCUUUGUUCCUCCAGAUAAGAUUUGUAAGGUCACUGGAAGGACAUUUAAAACAUUUGAUGGUACAGAAUACAAAUAUGACAUUUGCAACCACACAAUUGUCAGGGAUAGGCUUGAGGGUGAAUGGGAUGCAAGAUUGGUAAAACAGUGCCCAUUCAUCGGACCUUGUAGCAAAUUCUUGGUGAUUAGGUAUGAUGGCCAUAAUAUCAUUAUGUACACAGAUCAGAGUAUAGUCUUUGAUGGAUAUGCCUAUACCAUUCCGCAGAUGCAGAAAAUUGGUGCCCAGACCGAAGAAUUCACUAUAAAGCAAGUAAACAAUAAAUUUAUUAUAUUCAGCAGCAGUUUGGGUUUCUCGAUUAUUUGGGAUUCUCAUGCCAACGUGAAAGUUGUUGUUCCUGGAACGAAGAAAGGAGAAGUAGAUGGCUUAUGUGGUCUAUUAGAUGACAACCCUUCAAAUGACAAGCAGAAACCAAAUGGUGAUAUUGCAAAAACAAGUAUCGACUUUGGAAACAGCUGGGGGGACAGUGCAGAAUGUGAGACAAAAGUUUGUCCUGUCCAUCUUCAGAAAGAGGCUUUUGAAAUGUGCAAAGCUAUCAGAGAUGACCCUCUGAGCAGAUGCAGCACUGUGAUGAACAUGGAUAAGAUCCAUUCACAAUGUGUUGAAGCCAUUUGCCUUUGUUCAGAAAACAGUAACAACACAGAAGCAUGCAGGUGUGAUGCUAUACUCAAAGCUGUCACCGAAUGCCAAGAUGCUCUUCCUGACAUUGACCUGACCCAAUGGCGGAUACAGAAUGAUUGUCCCGCAUCUUGUCCACCGGGAUUGGUAUUCAAGGAAUGCUACAAACAUACAUGUGAGCCAUGCUGCGCAGAACUGAUGACACCCGAUGCUUGUCCGGAAACUAAUGAGUGUUUCCCAGGCUGUUAUUGUCCAGAUGGUUAUGUAAGGAAAUUUGAGGAGUGUAUCAGACCUGCAGAGUGUCGAGAUUGCAUCUGUGAAGGAUACAGUGGGUCGAGAUUUGUUACCUUCGAUAAGAUUGAUUAUACCUAUGCUGGCAAUUGCACCCACGUUUUAGCUGAAACAGAUGGAUCUUUAGGUCCUCAGUUUAAGGUUUUGAUUACAAAUGGACCAUGUGAAGACCAUCCAAGCGAUACAUGCCUUAAAAUAAUUUCCAUAUUGUAUAAGGAUUACUCUAUACAAGCUAUUAAUAACAAAGAUAAAACCAUAUCAGUAAAAAUAAAUGGAGAACUUGUAACAUUACCACAAAAAGAAAAAUGGCUUUCUGUCAGUGAAAUGUUUGGAAAGGGCAUCUUGGUCCAACUUCCUACCAUUCAGUUGGAUUUAGAAAUGCUUUAUGGUGGACGAAACUUCAAGUUAAAGCUACCUUCUCAUUUUUAUUCAAACAGGACCAGAGGAUUGUGUGGUAAAUGCAAUGUAAAUGAAACCGAUGACCUGACAACUCGUAAUGGAACAAUAACAGAUAACAUCAAUGAUUUUGGUCAAAGCUGGCUCCUCAAGGAUUUGCCACCAAUUUUAGAAAAGGAAGAUUCAUGCUCCUCAGAGGUUUUCCCAGAUUGCCUUCCACCUCCUCCAGAUAAAGACGAUUGUCUGCUAUUGUCAGAAGGAAUCCUAUUUGGAAAGUGUCACCCUGUCGUCGAUCCUGCAGUAUUCAUUGCCAACUGCCAUAAAUCUCUGUGUAAUGGUGCAACUAGUGUAUGCCGUGAAUUAGAAGCCUAUGCUCGGGAAUGCCAAGAUGAAGGAGUAUGUCUUAAAUGGAGGAGUUCAGAGCUUUGUCCGUUUGUCUGUCCUCAAGGUCUUAUUUAUGAAGGGUGUGGUCUAGGCUGUACUGAGACUUGUGAUAACUAUGAGUUAUAUCGAAAAUCUCCAGAAAAAUGCCUUGCACCAAGGGGUGACACAUGUGUUUGUCCUUCAAACAAGGUUGUUAAAAAUGGAACUUGCGUUGCUGAAGAAAAAUGUACCCCUUGCGAUAACGAGGGUCAUUAUCCAGGUGAUAAGUGGAAUCCUGACCAUUGCACUGAGUGCGGCUGUACCAAGAGUAGUGUCCAUUGUGAAAGGAUACAGUGUCCUCAGGAGAGUAUCUGCAAAAGAGGAUUCAAAUCUGUCACUGUUGUAGGAACUGAGUCCGACUGCUGUCCAAAGGUCAUUUGUGUUCCAUUGAAUGAAACUUGUCCUCCACCUAAACCUUUAAAAUGCGGGCCUGAUCAACUUAUGAAGCUAGAAGCUGAUGAAAACGGCUGUAAUGACUUUAUUUGUGUAUGCAAACCUAAAGAAGAAUGUGCCAAUAUAACCAGCGAGCUCCAAAACUUAGAAGAAGGAUUUGUUGCCCUGAUGGACAGCAACGGCUGCUGUUCUUUCAUAAACAAAACUUGCCAACCUGAACUCUGUCCUACCAAAACCUGUCCUGAAUUCUACGUUCCAGUCAAGAAGGCUGAAGGUUUAUGCUGCCCAGUAAUGGAAUGUGAAAUCCCAGAGGACCAUUGCCUUUAUGAGUUUGAAAAUGGUAACAAUGAGGGAAAUGCAACAGGAAAAAAAGUUUUAAAAAGUGCCGGAGACGAAUGGAAGGAUGGACCAUGCAGAACUUGCGAGUGCAAACCUGGCAGUAAAGCGGCAGAUUGCAAGGAUCAAGUGUGUGCGACACCUCCAGAAAGUGACAGCUACAUCUAUAAAUCUGUAAACCAAAACAACAAAUGCUGUCCAAUCUACAAGAGGACGGCUUGCAAACAUGAGAAUAAAAUUUAUCAGGUUGGUGAAAGUUGGCAAAACAGUUUGGACUUCUGUAGAAAUGGUACCUGUACUAUUGGUACUAAUGGGGAAGUAGUCAAAGAAGAUUCUGUACAGACCUGUGAUAAGAAUUGCAAAGAGGGAUGGAAGUAUUUCGCACCUCCAGAAGAUUCAAAAAUAUGCUGUGGAGAGUGUAGGCCAGUAGCCUGUGUUAUCAAUAAUACUCAGCAUGAAAUAAAUAGCGUCUGGAAUUCUGAGGACAACUGUACUACUUUCACAUGCCUGCUCAACGAUAAUCAAGUCCAAGUGGUUUCAUCAAAACAGAGCUGCCCAGCCAUAGAAGACUGCCCUAACGAAGAUAUAUACUUUGACGGUUGCUGUAAGCAGUGUAAUCGAACCAAACCUGAACCUCAGAGUGAAUGUACUACUGAACCUGUUCCAUUAAAUUCUACAAUAAGGAUGAUCCAUACUGUCAGUGAUGAACAUGGGCCAUGUGUCAAUACUGAGCCAAUUUUUAUGAACCACUGUAAAGGUGUUUGCGAUUCAUCAACUGAGUUUGAUUGGAGAAACAAGCAGCACCUUAGCAACUGCCUUUGCUGCCAGGGCAGAGACUAUGACAAGCUGGACGUAGUCCUAAAUUGUGCAGAUGGCUACAGUUAUAAACACUCCAUUACACAUCCUACUUCAUGCGACUGUCAGAUGUGCCAGGGUUCCUUAAAUCUAUUUCAGCGCGCCUCUUCUUCAAAAAAGGGAAGUUCAGUGAAAGGAAGAUGAACAAAUUAGAAUUUUUUAUUUGAAAGGAUAUAAUUAAAACUUCAAAAAUUUGUCUAUAACAUCUUCAAAUUACUGCACCUUGAAAUUGAUGCCCUAUUGUGAUUUCAUAGUGAAUAAUAUAUUAUUUUAAAUCCUCUCCUUCCUUUUAA